GUGUACCGCAUAUAUUGCGGCUGCUGUUAUUGAGUCGCUUCGGGCCUUCAAUACACUUUGUACAUUUUGAUUGCGAUAGCCCUUUUUGAAAGCUGCAAUGGGCUACGCGCAGCUGGUCAUCGGCCCUGCUGGCAGUGGCAAGUCAACUUAUUGCUCGAGUUUGUAUGAACAUUGUCAAACUAUUGGGCGGACAAUACAUGUAGUUAACCUAGACCCUGCAGCAGAGAAUUUUGACUAUCCUGUGGCCAUGGAUAUCAGGGAACUCAUUUCAUUGGAUGAUGUUAUGGAGGAGCUUGGAUUAGGCCCAAAUGGCGGCCUUAUGUACUGCAUGGAACAUCUUGAAGAAAACCUGGAUGAUUGGCUCACCGAAGAACUGGAUAACUAUUUGGACGAUGAUUAUUUAGUAUUCGACUGUCCAGGCCAGAUAGAACUUUUCUCACACGUGCCAGUGCUUCGGAAUUUUGUGGAGCAUUUACAGCGUAAGAACUUCAAUGUCUGUGCAGUGUACUUGCUCGAUUCACAGUUCAUCACAGAUGUGACCAAAUUUAUCAGUGGAUGCAUGGCAUCUCUCUCUGCCAUGGUUCAACUCGAAUUGCCUCAUGUAAAUAUCCUGUCAAAAAUGGACCGUGUGAAAAACAAGAGAGAUAUUGAUGAUUUCUUGAAUCCGGAGCCUCGGGUGUUGUUGUCCGAGUUGAACCAAACGAUGGCCCCUAAGUUUGAGAAGCUCAAUAAAGUUUUGGCUGAACUGGUGAAUGAAUAUAACAUGGUGAGCUUUGUGCCUCUUGAUUUGAGGAAGAAGAGCAGCAUACAGUAUGUACUGUCCCAGAUUGACAACUGCAUCCAGUAUGGGGAAGACGCGGAUGUGAAGGUCAAGGAUUUUGAUCCGGAGGAUGACUGAACUCCUCCAUCCACAUGUUGUUGGAGGAUAUCAUAAUAGGACUGUUAGCAUCUAGUUUUGCUCUUAAU